GGUGAAACAACACAAGGAAACGACGCAAACACUAAAGACUUCCUCAUCGUCUUCAUCAUCUAGCUCAUCAAGUUGUACCAGUGCGGCAAGCUCAGAGUGCAGCGAUGAUGCAUUUAUUGACGUGGUAGACGUUGGCGAUGUAGACGAUCAUCUAUUCAACACAGCAGAUAAUGACUAUAUUUCAAAUUCAAUAUUAAAUAUACUAGAAGAAGGAAAUAUCACUGACCAUGUCUCAUUGAGUACAUUUGAAUGGACGGACAAUGAAGUUGACCUGCAGGUUGCAAACAAUGUGGAAGUUUCCAAUAGUGGAUCAGAUUCUCACUCCGAUGCUAUGCCAAGUUCACCUACAAUACCAAGGAAGAAGAAGAAAAUAGCAGAUAAUGCCCAAUGGAGUGGUCUAUGUUACGAAGACAAAGUACGAUUAGUAGAAUCACUUGGCCAAUCAAUUAGUAAUGAACUUGGACUCCGAGAACAAUUAGACGUCAUUAGAAUAAUUAACCCCAGUGCUGUCAUUUCACCAAGUGACAGUGAAUUUGUUAUAGAUAUCCAAGCAUUGAAUGAUGAUAAACUUAAGAGGAUACGAGAUUACGUGAAGAAGAAUGCGAGUAACAACAAUAACAGUAGUAACAGUGGUUCGAGGAGUCCGCAGAAAUCUAGCGAUGAAAGCUCUUCUAGUGAAUACAGUUCCUCGCCAGACCAGAGGGUUAAACAAUCAAAGAAACAAAACAGAGAAAAGAGGCACCAACAAAAGGCAAUCAAACAGAAACAAAGGAAGGAGUAUAGACAAGCAAUGAAAGAGAAGAGGAGUGGACUGUUUAAUAAAGAAGAGGUAAUGUCUUUAACCAUUCACGAACAGCAAGAAGAAGAUAUCGAUAUACUCUCGUGAUGUCGCCAAGCAGCUGAAUAGAAUUUAUAUAAUAUUGAACAUGAAAACGAGUAAAUACAAAAAAAUAAAUAAAUCACAAUAUGCAUGACGGAGUUCAAGUUCAGAAAAUAAACGAGCCACAUAUCAAGCAUACAUUUGCAACGACUCUAAAGGGUACCUAAAGGUAGAUAACGAACAAGACAAUGCAACAUAUUGGUGUCUUGCGGCCAAGCAAGUGCACAGAAUUUUUUCCUGCUGAUUUCUAUACUUAUCAGAAUGACAGUCGAGUGACAUCGACAUUGGAUAACACAGCCUAACUGCCUCAAGAGUAUUGAAUGUCUUUCAAAGUUUUCAAUCUAUUUUAUGUGAACGCUUAAUUUCAUUCGAGAAUGCCAAACAUGUAUACAUCAUUGAAAAUCAUGUACCAUAAAUCUACCGUCUACCUCAGAUAACAGGUCAUACAUAUAUCAGGUGUUCAUGCACAACUCUCAAUACUACAUUCUUGUUACCCCCAAAAAAAACUCUUCAAAAAGAGAUUGCUUUAAUAACUUUGCUGAAAUGUAUUUUAGAAGCUAAACAAAAAAAAUGUUGGAUACAAUUCAGGAUGGUAAUGUGAAUGUUAAUUCUUUACUAAUGCAUCUAGAUUCUUGUAAUGUUUCUGUAUUGCAAUCCAAAACAUUCAUUUAAGGGAACAGAUUUUUCAUAAAUGUUCUGCAAUACUGUGGAAUACUUUAUUUUCGCUGGAAUUAAUUUUUGCUGAAAAGGCUUUUUGGGCGUUUUGUAUAGAAUUUAUUUUCAAUGAUUUUUGAUGAGUUUAAUGUGAAAUAUAGGAAAAAAAGUAUUUUCGUUGGAUUUUAUUUUCACUGAACCACUCCUUCAGCGAAAUUCCAAGCAAAAAUAAAGUAUUCUACAGUAUUUUAACUGGUACUGUGAAAAAUCACAGGUCUUUAAAAGCGGUUCCUUCAAUAGACCUCUUCUGCACAUUCCAUGCUCCAAGAGCUGCUAGCUGUUGUAGCACCUCAGUCUCUGGUAAUGUAAAUUCUGAAAUGUUCCUUCUCAGAAGAGGGAAACUAUUUGUUUCAUUUGAAGUGUAUUCUCAAAUUGAUAUCUACUAUAUGCUAUGUUUACUAUAAUUUGGCUUGUGUACAACCUUUAUUAAAGAUACACUUCUGAAGUGAAAUACAGUACCUUUUGUUGGUAUGAUAUAUAGUACUUUCAUCUACAUUACCAUAAAUCAUAUGUGAACAAUAGUUCUGUCAGAUGUCAUGUUUUGUUUGUAAUGGUGUCUCCUUAAUUGAAUGCCAAAUUGAACUUUUCUCCAUUCACAAAAUAAUGCCACAUAAUUUUUUUUUUUAUUUUUUACAAAAAAAUUUGAUCAAGACCUGCCAAUGGAAAAUUUAUGACUAUUUAAUAUAAAAUCAACAAAAGUGAUAAUAAAAAUACAUACAUAAAUAAAAAUGUUCCAAAAGUUAUCGUAAAAUCUGUACAAGAAGCCGCAUCUCUAAUAGAAGUCGCACAGAUACUUUUUGAACAAUUUAGAACAGAAAAUUCAUAUCUCGUACGUGUAGAUGCUCUAAUAGAAGCCACAUUCCCUCUGAUGCAGUGUACCAUUUUAAUAGAAGCUGCAACUUCUAAUGCAGAUUUUACAGUGCAUCCAAAUUUUGGAGGAAAACAAAUUAUGGCAUUUGAAAUAUAAAAUCUAGUUGCUGAUUGUAAGCAUGCAUUGUGAGGGACAUUGCUGCUUUGCCACCCAGAGAUAAAUCAUUGCAUAUGCACUACAUUUUAUGCAAACGCUAAACGUUUUUUCACAUUUCCAAUUUUGACAAAAUUUAUUUUUUAUAAUUCCAGCAGUACAUGGACUCUAAUAAUUUUUGUUUAAGUGCUGUAUCUGUAUUUAAAAUCCCACCUAAUCUCCUGUAGCUGUAUUUUCUGAACUUGAACUCGCGCUCAGCUACUUCCAAGUUGUAUAUUAGUCGUGUACACGUCUCUCUGUCGUCACUUGUAUUAUCACAAUGUACUGAUAUGUACAUUAUAUAUUAAAUUAUUUGAAUAGAGAUCUUACAGUGUUGAAUCAACUAUGGAUUGUGGCUAUACAUACAUGCAUGGAUGAAAUAAAGUAUGAAACAUCUA